AUGUUUUGUGCAAAAAACAGCGCAGUAAUUUCCUUAUGGAAAAGAACCUUCACACUGAAUAGGUUGAAAAAAGAUGAGCAGCUUGUUUUCAAAUGUACAUGUGUGAGGAAUGGUAUAUGUAUAGGGAGAAAAAACAACCCAGACGAAAUUGCACCCAUAGGGGGAAGAAGACGUCAUAUCAGUUCGAAGAUUAACAGUUGGGUAGAUGAACCGGUGGGGAAUGUAUCCAUCCGAAGUAGGGGAGUAGGAAGCAGCGAAGGGGAUAAUAACAUUUGUAGAGAAGGUGCCCUUGUCGGUAGCUGCCCACUCCGUACUGGAUGGAUCACCAGGAACUACAGCGCAAUCCGCCCCAAUGUAAGUGAAAGCCAACACACGAUGGAUGAUGCGUGUUCGGGAAGUUACUCAAAAGUGAACCAAACGAAGGAGGUUCCAACAGAACAGAAGAAUGCCAUUCCUGAUGAAAUUAAUAAAGCGGAAUUGAUAAAAUGUUCAAAGGAUGUAAAGGGAAAAAAAAAGGUAUAUAAAUUUAAAGAAUUUUCCGUCUUCUCAUUUAACAUUUUGGCGGACAGCCUAGUGGACUACAAGUACGACAACAACUGUUCCAAUGUGAUGAAAUGGAUGAACAGGAAAGAAUUCAUUUUUCAAUGUAUUAAAAAAAAAUUGUCAGACAUUAUAUGUUUGCAAGAAAUAGAAGAGUCCUAUUUCAACGAACUGCAGGAGAAACUGAAGCUAUUGAAAUAUGAAGGGUUAUUUUUAAAAAAGAAAAAAGAAACUUGCCAAGAUGGAAUAUGUAUCUUUUACAAUACUAACGUUUUUAAGUUAUUAUUUUUUGACGAAAUUGUUUAUGAUAAAUCUGUCUUUUUGAAGAAAUGGCACGUAGGGUUAAUUGUCGCUUUGAAAAAUAAACUUUCGAAGAAGGUGGAAUGGUACGAUGGAAGUGUAGAUAAUGGUGGUCCUGCUGGUAGUGACCAAACGGUGGGGGAUCAUCACGUGAGUGACUCUCCUAUCUCCGCAGAGUCAGUUGAUGAUAUUGUCAUCGUUUCUAAUACGCACCUGAUUUUCGACUCCUAUAAGGGGGACGUCAAGCUGUACCAACUGUGCUACAUGACGUACCGCUUAGUCGCCAUGGUGAACAAGUGCCUGGACUAUCUGAAGGUGCGCAGGAAAGCAAACAACGCGGAAGACACAGGGGGAAAAGAAAACAGGGAGGAUUCACCACAAGGGAAUGUUCACACAACCAAUCGUAGUGACAUACUAAACCCCGCCGUAAUUUUCUGUGGGGAUUUGAACAUAACCCCCAACAGUUUACUCUACUACUACAUAGUUAACAGGUACAUAAAUUUGAAAAAGAUAAACAUGAAAAGGAUUUCAGGGCAGUACCUCAUGUUCAAGAAACAGUUCUACGUUUGCAGUUACGAAAAUGGAAGUGAAAUAAAAAAAAUAUUUGACGAGAAUAUUCUGAGUGAUUUAAAAUACGACCAUUACAACAGCAUGGUGGACAAUAUGAGAAGGGAGUCCCUAUUUUCAUUUUUUAAAAAUGAAAAAAUACUGGACGAGGGGUACCUAACGAGCCACUGCUUUCAGCAUGAGAAUGAUGCCUAUUUGGGGAGCAAAUUUAAGGAAGGCAAGAAUGACUAUCUUUCUUAUUGGGGGCACUCCGGGAGGAAGUCUACUAAACAUUCUGUUAGCGAAUUGGUGAGUAGUAAAGACAAAUGCGAUAAAAACUGCGCGCUCGUGUCUAAGGAGAAAGAACAUGGAUGUAUCAGUUUGGAUGAGAUGGACCAUGAGGAGGAUGACGAGGAUAACUGCCAUCCCCAGAAGAAAGCAAAAAUAGCCACUGAUCAGAAUGACGACGAUUUCAUACUGUACUACCCUCUCUAUUUUGAAAGUAUAUACAACAGUGUGGAAGAGCACCGGGUAGAAAAACCCUGCCAUAAAUAUGAUACUAUUGACAACCUGAAGGAUGAGGAAAAUAAUUUACCGCUAAGUGAUGUUCCAUUCACUGUAUUUCAUGGCAGGCAAAAGGGGUGUGUCGAUUAUAUAUUUUAUUCGUAUAGGACUCUCAAGAAAAUAUCCUGCUCAACCUUCCCACCGUUCGAGAAGCUUGCAAAACAUGGUUGCCUUCCGAAUGAGAAAUACGCCUCGUCCGACCAUUUGUAUUUGCACGCUACUCUAAUUAGAAGGACAAAUGAUGAGGGUAGACACGUCGAAGCAUGA